CCAUUUCAUAUGCACACAGGAUCAAAAAGAUAAAACGGAAACAUGAAAAAGGUUUUGGCCAUCAUAAGUUUAACUGCGUGUCUCUGCUGCUGUGGAGUGCAGAGUGCUAGACGGUCAAAUGAUAAAUUAAGUCAACGAAUUGUCAACACUGGGACUGUAGUCUUUUUAGACAUCGUGGAGAAAGUCAGAAACACUACAGAGAAAUUACUGAGAGAUAAUCAGUUCAAGAAAUUAAGGAUUUCUGUCCAAGGAUACAUGAAAACCUUACGAGAAUUUGCCAAACUAUUGAACACUACUGAGAGUGCUAGAGAGAGCCAGGAUAAUUCUGUUAUAUUAGCGCAGAGAUUUUUUACAUUACUGACUGGUGUUACAUUUGUGACAACAGUCCGGGAGGUCUUUAACGGGUUUUUCUUUCCAUAUAAAAAGAUUUACCAUGAGACCUUAAAAAACGAGACUGUGGUGGACAUCUGGAAUGAAGUGGAGUCAAACUAUCUUCCAGGAGCUCCUCCAAUCUACAGUAAACCCAUGCAGUUCUUCAGUCACCUUCUGGCCAAGGCAGUGGUGAAGUCCCAGCUGGUGAACAUGCUUGAAGCUGGAGUAGAUACUGUUAUGGAGAUCGGAAAAAUCAAUUUUAACCAACAUCAUGAUGACAUGCAGAUGGUUGUGGAUCAAAUCAGACGGAAAGCCUUUGAAAUUUCCGUUUUGGAAAGACAAAAAGAGAAAAAUGAUUUCCUUAUAUCAUUAAGAACUGCAUCUGGAGUAUUUGUUUUUUACUGGGAUACAGUUUUGGAACACACUGAAAGAUCAUCGUUCCAUGCAAAAUACUUGGAUUCCAGGAAGCGAUGGGCAGAGCUAACCGAGUUGAGAAACCCAAGUGAGGCACAUACUUUUUUAGACGUUGCAAGGAGGAUUUUAAAAAGUAGAGCAUUGCCUUGUAAUUCCAUUUGGCCUUGUCAUUUUUCAUUUUUCUUUUCCAGAGUAAUUGAAAUUUAUUUUGGUGAAUUCUGUGCAUCUCAGGAAUAUUAUCGUCUUGGAAAUGCAACUAUUGGUUUGGACAGAUUCAAUCAGUCCAACUGGGCUGUUGUCAAAAGCGCUGUUAUUUACUCUCUUCCUGUAUAUGAAAAACUGACGAAGCUCGGCUUUGGGAUUUCUGAGAUCAACAGGUUUCUUCUCAGAUUUAACAAAAUAGCCCUUAUUCUUGAAGGGAAUGAUAAACCCAGACGUUGGGACACUCACAGCACUAUUGAGAGCAUACCUGUUUUUAUUUUGUUUUCACUUGCUUUUGUCGCUGAUAAGGAGAUAAUGAAUAGCAAGGAUAACCAACUAUUACUGCCUUUGCGAGUAAUUCGGAGAGUAUUUCUAGAGUUCUGGAGCACUAUUCCCACAGCAAGAAAUGAGACUGAAAGCCAGCUAAUACAGAGCAAAUGGAAUCAUAUGAGUAACAUCACCAAUAACGAGUUAUUGAAAAGUAACGCAUUUACUCGAAAGCAGCUUGAAGACGCGCCAAAGAACUUUGUUCAAGCCAUUCACCAGAUCCUGGAGAAACUGAAGCAGUAUACUGAUCUCGUAGAUGGCUUCGAUGAAAGGAUCGAUCCAGCAUUGUUAGCCUUCAAGAAGUUGAUCCAUGACACAGAUGAAUCUUUUCAUGUUAUCUGGGACUUACUGUUGGAGUAAACUCUUUAUAUUUGCAGCUGCUGGCAAUAAACAGGAUUAUACCAGCAAUACAUGAACAGUAA